UUGAAGUGCGUGCCUAGGAGAUGGUAGACUGGCACAUUCUUCAGUUUGGCACUUCUGGAUCUCAUGUGUGCACUGCACUAGACCAGGAAGAGAGUGUACAGUGUAAGCAUUAAGGCAUGUCCCAUUAACACUCUCAUAAAAACAUUCAGUCACUGGAAUUUUAAUAGUAAGGGCAGUGAGUGAUACAAAUAAUGGUUGAUUCACAUUCAUUCAGUAGUUUGUCCCGGCACUAUCUAAACCACAAAGCAGACAGAGAGGACAUCAAAGCACCAUGGACGAAUCCAAUAAAAAAGCCCACCAUACGGAUAUGUUUAACAGCUCUGAACUGAUACUGCGUAGAGGGCAAUCCUGUAGAUUAACUCUGGAAUUCAACAAACCACUACGUGACUGGCAAAGCAUAGUGUUUGUCGCACGCACAGGUCCACCAAACUCAGGAUAUGCCAACACAAAUGUGGAGUUUCCUCUUUCCAGCUCAUGGAGCAGUGGCAUGUGGAGUGCAGUCCUAGAGUCCAGCCCUGGCAAUUCCCUGAAGAUAAUCAUGUCUAGUCCUGCCACAGCGGUCAUAGGGAGAUAUGACCUCAGUGUUCGGAUUGCUGUGAUGGGUCAAACAGUUACAUAUUCCCUUGGCAAAUUCAUUCUGCUUUUCAACCCCUGGUGUCUAGAUGAUGAUGUGUACAUGGCCAAUGAAGAAGAAAGGAAAGAAUAUAUCCUAAAUGACCAUGGUGUCGUUUUCAUGGGAAAUGAGAAACAUGUAACAGGGAUGGGAUGGAACUAUGGUCAGUUUGAAAAUAAUAUUCUGAAUAUCUGCUUGGACAUCUUGGAUAGAAGUCUGGACCAUCAGAAAGACCCAGGUCUAGAUUGCUCCUUGAGGUACAGUCCCAUCUAUGUGGGAAGAGUCAUCAGUGCAAUGGUCAACAGCAAUGACGACUUUGGUGUGCUUGAAGGGAAGUGGGAAAAAGACUUUUCAGAUGGGGCUGACCCAAACAGCUGGAAUGGAAGUGUGGAAAUUCUUUGGAAAUGGAAAAAUGACGAAUACAAGCCAGUAAAGUAUGGGCAGUGCUGGGUCUUUGCAGCGGUGAUGUGUACAGCUCUCAGGUGUCUGGGCAUCCCUACCAGAGUCAUUACAAAUUUCAACUCCGCCCAUAACACAGAUGGAAACAUGGUCAUAGACAUGCACUAUGACACAGACGGGAAGUUCUUGGAACUCUCUGAUGACAGCAUUUGGAACUUUCAUGUGUGGAAUGAAUCCUGGUUCUUAAGACGAGACCUUGGCCUUUAUUACAGUGGCUGGCAAGUUCUGGAUUCAACACCACAGGAACAAAGCCAAGGAGUACAUCGGUGUGGACCAACAUCUGUGAUUGCGGUGAAAGAAGGAGAUAUACACCUGAGUUUCGAUACUCCUUUUGUGUUUGCUGAGGUUAACGCUGACCGAGCUACAUGGGUUGUUCAGAAGGAUGGAACUAAAGAAAGAGCCCACAGUGAUAGUAAAUAUAUUGGCCAAAGCAUCAGCACCAAGGCAGUGGGAAAUGACUCCCGGGUGGAUGUUACACUCAACUACAAAUAUCCAGAAGGCUCUCCACAAGAAAGGCAAGUGUUUGAGAAGGCCAGCAGGAGCAUGCCUAAUUAUGUACCACCAAAAGAAAAUGUAAGCCCAGAACCCAAUAAUAUGAUGAACAGAAAUAGCUCCCCAAUGCGAUCAUCAACUCCUACACCCAUUUCUGAUCUCAACGGAAGAUCUUCAUCCCCUUCACCAUCCUCAGGUCGUACAGUGCAACCACGAAGUGAAUACCGGUCAGCAUCUCCAUCACCAAGUUUACCAGCUGCAGAAAGGGGAAGAUCAUCAACACCUACAAGGUACUUAGGUCGUCCAUCAACUGUCCAGCCUUCAGAAAAUGAAUACCUGCCAGCAAUUGCAAGACCAGCAUCACCUGCUCUGUUCUCAGGUCGUUCAGUUCAACCACGUUCAGGAAAUGAAUACCGGGCUGCAUCGCCUUCACCAGUUGCUGAAAGGGGAAGAUCAUCAUCACCUGUGCCUUUCUCAGGUCUACCAUCAUCUGUUCAGCCUUCGGGAACUGAAUUCCGGCCUGGAUCACCUUUAUUGGUUUCACCAAUUGCAAGACCAUCAUCACCUGCACUGUUCUCUGGUCGUUCAUCCCCUACACCACUUUCAGGAAGCAGAUACCGGCCUGCAUCACCAUCACCAAACUUCCCAGUUGUAGCAAGCGGAAGGUCAUCUUCACCUGUGUCUUUCUCAGGUCGUCCAUCAUCUGCCCAGCCAUCAGGGAUUGGAUACAGGCCUGCAUCACCCUCACCAAAUUUAAUGGCUGCACCAACUGGAAGACCAUUAUCACCUGCUUUAGGUACAGGUCAUGCAUCCCCUGUCCCUCCUCCAGGAAUUGGAUAUCGGCCUGCAUCACCUUCACCAGCUGCUCUAACUGGAAGACCAUCAUCGCCUUCUCUGUUCUCUGGAUAUCCGUCACAUGCAUCAAAUUCAGUAAAUGCUUACAGGCCUGCACCUCGUACUUCAGGUGUACCCCAACCUUCUUCUUCUGCAUCUCCAGGGACUGAUGUUGCUGGGAAAUUUAGACUCCUCAGCCCCCUAGUGGUGGGAGAUGACAUUAACCUGCUUCUGGAUCUUAAAAAUCUUACACCUUAUCACAGACCAGUAAAGGUUAUGCUUAGCGCUUCUGCUGUUCUCUAUACUGGAAAACGAAUGAAUGACAUCUUCACAGAUCAGAAGUCUCUGAUUAUCAGCCCAAACCAAGAUGCACAUAUUUCCUUGCAAAUACCGUACUCUCACUACAGCAAAGGUCUUAAUGAAGGUAACAUGAUUCAAGUGGUUGCCCUUUGUGAAUUACCAUUUGGCGCAAAAGUCGUUGUCACUAAGGAUCUUGUGCUGGAGAGCCCACCAAUUAUUAUCAAGCCUCUAUCUACUGCUAUGCUGCACAAAACAAUGUCUCUGGAGAUCCGGUUUACAAACCCACUUCCUAUGGCGGUUACUGACUGCACCCUGGUAGUGGAAGGCAGUGGACUGGUUGACAGACAACUUAUAGCAGUGGUUCCUUACCUGAAGCCGAAUGAAAGAAUAAAGUUCAAGGUGGAGUUAACACCAUACAGAUCUGGAACACGACAACUCAUAGCCAAUUUUAAAUGUAGAUAUUUCUCAAUCAAAGGAUACCAGUUGAUAAAUGUGGAGUCCUGGUAACCAACCGUCAUUGUCUUCUAAUCAUGUUACAUGUUUUAUUUAUUCCGUAAACUGGUAAAUUCGAAGCCUUUUUCAUUAUUGGAGGCUAGAAUUUAGCAACAUAGCUCUACUGCAGCACGAUACUCACUUUUUAAUUACAUAUAUUUUUCUCUGGGUACUUCUGCUGAAAGGGGAAUUCUACCACAAGAAAUUAUUGAUGCUUUAAAGUUUUGAAAUCCACCUCUAGACUUUUUUUUUUUUAGAGAGCGAGGAAACAUUUAAACUGUUGGGUUUUAAUUGGUGCCCAUGCCUUAUACUGGAAAGAUUUCACUUCCUGUUUGACAGAAAGUGAGGCCUCACCUCAAACAGAAACUCAGACUGCAAUAAAAUGUUGAAAUAUUUUAACCCAUUCCAACUCUAUCAAAAAUAUAUUAAAAAAAAUGUCAGGGCUUUAAAAGUAUUAGCUUACUGUACCUAUCCAAGUCAUUUUAUUUAUAAAGUCAUCUGGAACUUUUUAUGUAAUUUGUCAAUUUCCUUAUGUUUACUACAAUAAUUGCACUUUGAGUAGAAAUGCAUGUAAAAGGAAAGUACGUUAACCUAAUUUACUGAUUACCAUACAGUAUUAGUACAAAAAGAUACAUCAGCAAAAAGCAGAAUGUUUUAUUAUAUU